CCCAACCGUCGCGCAUGAACUUUAUGUCUUAACUGAUCGGGCCGCCGAGCGGACAAGCCAGAUGAGAGCGUCAACGGCGCCUUUCACAUGAACCCUGGUCUGCAGUAUGCACAGGGAGACAGUUCAUCGAGUAUAUAUGCCCUGUCGAUGCGGCAUGGAGUCACUCCACAGCAACUCCAUUCCUCGGUCCAUUCCACCGACGGGAUCAUAACAGAGAACCUCCUCGCCCAGAUCUCGACUGUCUGAGAUUCUGUCUCUCGACAGUCACUCGUUAAAACUUCUCAACAUGGCAAAGCUUUCUUUGCUGCUGGCAUUCAGCCAGCUUUCACUCGUUUACAGUCAUCCGGCAAAGAACAUCAAGCGAGAACCAGAUGUGCUCGACGAACGCGCUAUAACCAUCUCCACGAACUUGGAGGCAACGACCAGUUACAGUACAGCGAUACAGACGCUACAAACUGCGACCCUGACGACCCGCCCAUCGCUUGAAGGGUCCAUCGUGACUGGUCUUCCUACAGGCGGGGGUAUCACUCGUGAUCCUGCUGACCUACCUGGUAUCACUAAGACGGUGGAUCCUCUGUGUCCUGAAGAGACACCUCUCGAGCCAGGACCAACGACACCAGUAGGCUCACCUGCAGAGAACAUCUUCGUCCCCCUGUCAUUACCCUCGCAAGUACCUGCACCAUCAAUUCCAUUCCGAGAUGACCAUCCUGUUCAGAAGCAGAAUGUUAUUGACGAAGGCAAACCCGUUCAAACAAACAAAUUUUACGCCAACUUCUUCCUUGGCACUCGAAAAGAGUCAGUAUGGACACAUCCGUUCUCCCUUUCUUGGGCACAGGGCCGGGGAGGUACAUACGGCAUGGCCAUUACCCACACAGAGCGCAGUCAGUUCUCAUAUGGCCCCAAUCCCGACUAUCCACAAUAUUUCAUCUCGCCUGUUGGAAUACAGCACAUGGCGCUCUCUGCGGCUGAGUUGAGGGAAGCAACCGUCAUGAGUGUCGAGGACCUCAAGGCGUUCUCUGCCAAUGUCAACUUUGCGCCACAUCCCGGUGCAAGAGUCGUGAUGUCUGUGCCUGUAGUCCAAGGCAUGGGCUUUAUCACUGCGGUCUAUGACAACACUCAGCCCAUGAUGAGCAGUGGCGUCUACUUCCGCAGUCUCAAAUAUGCUGGCUCGGUGAAAGAUGCCAACAUAACGUUCAAAUAUAAUGCGCAGCUCGAGGACAACUCUCAAUGGCUUAUAUACGUCACACCACUUCGUGCUGACGGUAUCCCGCCCCUGACCCUGAAAGGAGGCGGUACCAUUCAAGGCCCAGAAGCGUUCACUGGCCUAUUCCAGGUCACGAAGAACCCGAGUGGCUCAGAAGGUGAGCGCUACUUUGAUGGCAGUGCAGGCGCGUACGCAACGGAAGCAACGAUCUCUGCCUCGGUCAGUGGUGCACAAGGAAGCUACACAAUGUCAUGGUCCAAGGGAGGCGUGCUCGAUCGACCGUUGAUCAUGUAUGCCUUGCCACACCACGUGGAAUCGUUCGACAAAGAGACGCGAGGUGCUAUGACUGGCAUACAACUCAUCACAACUACAAAGGGCGUGGCCACGGCAGUCCAAGCUGACAAACUCACCAUGAUCGAACCUGAUCUUCCCACAAGCAUUGGUUUUGCGCCAUGGGCUAAGGCCGCUAAUGGCGCCCAAGGUGGCACUGAAAACGUGAAUUUAGAUGCCACGGCACUGCAGCUUGUCAACGCUGCUGGACUUUCCGAAUUGAGACAGGACUUCAUCUCGCAGACCAGCCUAAACAGCAUGUACUAUUCCGGCAAAGGACUCGCCAAGUUUGCUGGCAUCAUCUACACCAUGCAAACCAUGGGGGGGAACAGCAACCUUGCUGCGGCUGGAUUGGAGAAACUGAAGGAUGCGUUCAACGUGUUCGUCAACAAUACUCAGCCCGAACCGCUUGUGUACGACACUGUCUGGAAGGGCGUGGUAUCGGGAGCGUCUUACAGAUCGCCUACCAAAGAUCUAGGUAUGGACUUCGGCAACACUGCAUACAAUGAUCACCACUUCCAUUACGGCUACUUCGUCUACAGCGCUGCAGUUAUCGGUCACCUGGACCCCGCGUGGCUUGAGCAGGGCUCCAACAAGCAAUGGGUCAAUACGCUUGUUCGUGACUACGCCAGCCCAGUAACCGACGACUACUUCCCCUUCUCGCGUGCGUUUGAUUGGUUCCACGGUCACUCUUGGGCGAAGGGACUUUUCGAGUCAGGAGAUGGCAAAGAUCAAGAGUCCACAUCUGAGGAUACCUUUGCGACUUUCGCACUUAAGAUGUGGGGCAGAAUAUCUGGCGAUGCCAACAUGGAAGCCCGCGGCAAUCUGCAACUUGCAGUGCAGGCGCGCAGCGUUAACAACUACUUCUUGUUAAAAUCUGAUAACAAGAACCAGCCACCAAAGUUCCUGUUCAAUAAGGUCACCGGUAUUCUCUUCGAGAACAAGUGCGACCACGUGACGUACUUCGGCAGCAACAUUGAGUACAUCCAGGGUAUUCACAUGAUCCCACUGAACCCCAGCUCCGCAUACACGCGGCCGAAGGACUUUGUGAAGGAGGAGUGGGACGCAUUCUUUAGCAACGGCCGUGUGGACCAGGUCGCUGGAGGCUGGCGAGGAAUACUGUACGCCAAUUAUGCGCUCAUCGACCCGCAGACAAGCUACAACUACUUCGCCAAUCCCGAGUUUGACUAUGGCUCGCUCGAUGGUGGCGCGAGUCGUACCUGGUAUCUGGCAUACUCUGCCUCCAUGUUGUACAUGGCAGGCGGGCACUCGGCACCGGACCCCUCCCUGCAGUAUUCUGCACCACAACAAAUCCAGAAGCAACCGCCACCUUCGGAGUGUCUCGCAGCUGCGCUGAAAGCUACUCAAGAAGCAGUCCAGCCGCAGCCACAGCCGCAGACCCAGCAGCCUGAACCGCCAGCCCAACAGGCGCCUGAGCCAGUGGCUCCUGCGCCCCAGCAGCAGCAACAACAGCCAGAAUCCCAGCCAGAGCCCCGGCCCCAGCAACAACCCGAGCCUCAGCCACAGCAACAGCCAGAGCCGCAGCCCGAACCUCAACCUGAGCCGCAACCCCAGCCGCAGCAGCCACCUACUCCCGACCAUCCAGAUCCCUACACCUCAGAUCCCUCCUUUGAAUGGUCUGACUAUGAGCCGCGUCCCUCCCCUAGACCGCGCCCUGCCGACUCACCCUACCAAAGCUGGCGCAGCUACUUCAAUAAGUACCGUGACGACGCACUGCACGGCGAUAGGGGACGACGGCCUAGCCGCUCGGGCAGGGGGUCAAGGCCAUGGGAUGGCGCGUUGAGCCGUGCUGUCGUGGGUGAGAGUACCGAGCAGGGCACUGAGGCGGUCGUUGAGGCGAUCACUGAGGACGAUGUAGAUGAUGGAGAAUGGGAGAGUGUUCUCGAGUGCGACGAUGAUGACGACGCGGGUACGGCGGAGUAGUGGGUGCGGACGUAGGUUUCCCCU